AUUACUUAAUCAUUUUUAUUUUAUUUUGAUUUGCGCAAUACACUUAUAAAAUGGCACUUGGCCCUGGUUCUGCUUUAAAAACCACUUCUGUUUUGCAACAGCUUUUAGAGGAAAUAAAUUUUCAAAGAACUAAAGAAAUGAGACAACUUUUAAAAGAUGAUUCUGGAUUUGUAAUUUUGCAAGGCACAACUUAUUGGACAGAUUUAUUUGUUCGUCAUUUCUUAUUCCAAACAGAGCAGCAAAAUACCAUUGAUUGUGAUGAUUUACUAUUUUUUGUUAGGAAAAAACAUGUUAAAGGCACAUCUAGGUGUCAUCCUAAAUUUGAGACCGAUGUAGAUGUUUUUCGCAAAGAUUCUCGAAAACUACCUAUUGGUGAUCCUGAUAUUGAUUGGGAAGAAACUGUUUAUUUAAACUUAGUCAUUCAUCAGUUUGAUUAUACUUUGACGCUUGCAAUUUGUACUAGAACAUCACCUAAGGAGUUACAAGUUCUGAAAAGACAUUCUCAGAAGGUUUAUGCCUCACCCAGCAGACGUAAAAUGGACACCAAAGGGGAAGGUGAAGAAAUGACCUACCCACACAUUUGUUUUAUGGUUGAUAAUUUUGAUGAAGUUUUCUGUGAUAUUCUUGUUCGUGAUGGUGAAAUGGUCUGUGUAGAAUUAGUUGCUAGAGAUAGAGAUGGUUCUGUACAAGGUGUCAUAUUUCUUGGUUCAAUCAGAUAUGAUGCACUGAAGAAAGUGUAUGAUGCCAGACAAUCUAGUCUUAGUACCAAAGUAGCGCAGCGUAUGACAUUUGGUCUAUUUUCGAACUCGGCAACGCAACGUUGUGAAUUUGUUCGAAUGAAAGGUCCUCAGGGCAAAGGACAUGCAGAGAUGGCUGUCACAAAACCUCGGGGAUCAGGAGUAGAAACACCCACUAGCGAACCCGGAUUUUGUAUAACUGAUGGCUGGGAUGAAUGGGAUGAGAAUCCGGAAGAAUUUUACAAUUAUAGACAUCAGAGAAGGCUUAGUGACCCAAGCGCCAAUCUUAAUAACUUCACCCGCGGCGGGUGGAAAACUAAGCCGGACACAAUCGGCUCUAAAUGUCGGUCAGAAAAUGAAGGACUCGACUCUCUUGAGAAUGGGAUGUCUGAAAUAGAAGCUGGGGAUUUACGAGAUGAUCAAUCUGCUUCCUCCGCCGGCGAUAAUGUCGAGAAAGAGACCGCUUGUUGUUGUUGGCGCAACGGGGUUAAUACUAAAGAAUCCAAUAGUUGCGUUAAAUCCGCAUCUGUUGACAUGAGCGAAGUAUAUUGCCGUGUUUGUGACGAACAAAAUCUCGACUCUCCCGCUUGUCUUGCCAAUGUGACACCUAAAAAGUCACGAAAACCACCCGUUCAGCCUACAUUGCUCAAGAACGAGAGCGUAUUAGAAGUUCCAGGCAAAAAUGGAAAUAAGUUGACAGAUAUGGUGAAUAGUAAACCAAAAGAAGAAGAGAGGAAACGCCGUGCUUCUUUUGUCGAUAAAAGAAAAUCGGAAAAUAUAGAAUUUGAAAUUGCUGAUGAUGCGUCAUCUUUAAAUGACCAAGAUACCGAUCUCAGCAAGCCGACUAAACUGGGUAAUAUUGAAGACAAUGACCCAGCGCUGGUAAUGGUUAAUGGCACUGAAGAAUUACCAUCCGUCGAAGUGACAACACGCCAGAAGACUGCAGCGAAAGCUACUGUAAAUACCAAACCUAUGAAUAGUGUUAAGAAUAAAGAAGCCAAAAAGACUGAUCAAAGUAACAAAAAUGUUUGGAGUCGCUUGAGUGCACAGAAGAAGAAUAAUAAUGUAUCACGUACGACAAAGAGCGCUCCCAAGCGCGAGGUCGCUAAACCCGCUCCAAAAAUAGUACAAAAAGAUAAAAAGUCUGUUAAACCUAUUGUUAGUAUGAUGAAACAAAUUAAUAUUAAGGAUUCAAAUAAAACGUCCGCUAGAAAACCGGUAGGAAAAAAAUCAAAAGAUCUUGAAACUAAAAUCGUACCAAAUCAAUCAAAAGUUGCAGAAAUCGAAAAAACUACGGAUAUCGAAAAUAAUAUUAUAUCAAACGAAACUCCAGAUCCUAUCGACGAUGUAACAGAUAAUAAUGGAAUCGAAAAAGCACCAUCUAACACUAAUAUGAUUGUACCAUCUAGCACUGAUUUGAUUUUGGAAGAACCUGACAUACAUUGUCCCAAUUCCAAUGGCCUAUCUGAAGAAACAAGAGAAGAUCUUGCAGCAGUAAACAGCAAUUGUAACAGCGAAAACUUAGCAACGUUGCCGUCCAUUAUUAAUGAAAAAAUUGACAAUAGCCGUGGUUACGAAAUGGUUGAUGAAAUGACGCGUUUUAAGAGAAAUUUUGAUCAUACGGCAUCACAUAUCACGACAGUAAAAGUAGGCGAUCGAACUUACUGCACUUUGCCUAAACGUAAAAGAGAUUCAGUACAUCACAGCAUGUGGUAUAGAGAGACUGUUAGAGUUCCAAUGAGAACUACACCAGAUGGGACUGAUAUUUAUUACUGGUGCGAUAUAUCAAAGGAACAAGAUAAAAAUGAACUGGACGACGGAGCACACAACCCAUUGUGGGCUAUGCGAGGUUUCACUCAGACUUUCCAUUUUUGGAAAGAGAACAGACGACAACAAUCUACACCUCUGAACGCCUUUUUAACGUAUGUUACGCUACCUUGGUGGAGCAUAGCUAAAGAUAUACUGGAUAAUCGCGAAGGACCCAUUCUAACAUUCUAAGCAACUUGAUAAACGUUUUACUGCGAUGACUAAUUGUAAGAGAAUUUAUAAAAAAUAUUCAUAAAAUAUAUGUAGCUGUGUACUUUAAAGUUUGGGUCAAUA